UUUAAAGUCAUGCCAACCACCAACCCAUUUUUAAAAUUUCUACAGAAGUUUAGAGCUGAAAAUCGUCAUCUCAGCAGUGUAGAAAUAGCCAAGCGUGGUGGAGCUAAGUGGCGUAAGAUGAGUGCUAAGGAAAAACUCAAAUAUGCACCGUCUGGUUCAGGACGUUUGUCACGCAUCGCACGUCAAUCCCGUGUUAAUCGUAGUAAUACACUUCGAAUUAAGAAACACCUUACCAGUCGCAUAUCUGCCAAAAAGAAACCAAGAAAACAACGGCGUGUUCAGUCAAAAGUAAAGAUACAUCCGUUGCACCUGAAACACUCCAGCAAACGCUCAACCACAUGGUUAGGCGCCAUGUGGGACCAACUUAUGCGUAUCUUCUCUUGGAACGAGGAGAAUACAGAGGAGACUUAACUAAACGAUAUACAUCUUUUUUAUUUUUAUAUAACAGACUACACUU